AAAAAAUAUGUUAUCAUUUGAUUACCUUUUGAAGCCAUUCGAUUAGUUUGACCAAUGGAUUAUGAACAGCAUCAAAGUUUUGAACAUCUCGGAGGACAAAGUUCGACUUGUUUCUUAUUUUGUAAAAAUUGAAUUCAUUAAUAGUUAUUUUGUAUUCCAAUCGCCAUCAUAUUUAGUAAGAUCAAAUAACCAAGAAUAAGAUUAAUAUACAAUAUUUUUUGGGGAGUUUUCUUCACUUUGUUCUUAGGGAGGGAGUGGUUUGUAUAUAUAAAUAUCACUACCAUUUUGGUGUACUUUAUAUCAACCAUACCAACCAAGAACGUUGUGAUACCGAUUUCAAUAACAGCUUUCGUAGCCCUUUCAUAUGUCCAUCUAUUCAGACAAUGGGUAAGAUUUAGAAAUAUCUUUAGUUUGAUUACUUGUCAUGGAAGAUUGAUUUCUCAGUAAUUUAGAUGACGAUAACAUGUCGAUUAAUCUACUAUGCUGUUGAUUUAUAGUAUGGUAAAGCUUACGACACUGGAUUUUGGACAUAUUAUUCAUACAUAUUUUCAUUUUUUAGCAUUAUGAUUGGACCUGUACCAUACCAUAAUUAUUUAAAUUUUUUAAAUUAGAAAGAAGAAUAUUCUAAUAUUAAAUUUAAUUAAUAUAAAUCAGUUAUUACUAACUUAAUUAAAGCAUUAUUAUUUUGUGCUGGAGAAAUAUGGAUUAGACCGUAUGUUGAUUAUGAUUGGUAUGAUUCACCAUAAUGGAAUGAACUGAACCUUAUUGAAAAAAAUCUUUUGUAAGCAAUAAUUGGCUUAGUUGCAAGAAUGAGAUAUUUUGCUGGAUUUAAGUUCACUUAGGCUGCUAUGGAUGCUGCUGGUAUUACUUAUAACGAAGAUACAUGUAAUUAAUGUAGAGAUUUUAUAUAGAAUAAUUUGAUAAAUUCAUCACUUGUGAUUAUUCGUAUGAAAAAGAUGUGAGUGCAAUUCAUAAAACUACCAAGUGGAAUACAACCGUGUAAACAUGGCUCAAAUAUUGUUUCUUUGAUAAAUUUUCAAUCCUGUUUGAUGUUACUACAGCAUAUUAUAUGACUUACGGAAUAAGUGCAUUAUGGCAUGGUUUCUAUCUAGGAUACUAUUAAACCUUCUUUUGGUGGGCCUUGAUUAAUCAGAAUUGCAAGUAUGUUUACAGAAGUAGAGAUAAAUUUUAGUGGUAAUCUAUUCUCAUUAACAUCUAUAUAGGAUUCCAGCACCUUUAAGAAGUAUAAUAGCAUUUACUUAUUGUACAUUCACUAUGAACCAAAUUGCGAUGACUAUGGGAUUGUUGGAUUGGGAUAAGGGAAUGAGAUUUAACAAUAGUAUGUAUUGGUCUGGACCUAUUGCAAUCCUAAUUGUAUUCUUCUUCUUUUUCCUUACUCAAUAUGGAUAGAAAAGAAGGAAGUGAU